ACAGAAGGCUAAGUGAGGGCAAGCUCUUGAAGAUUUCUUUUUUUCCCCUCUCUUGUUGUCUACAAAGGUCAGAGACACCACAGACUGUUUAAACACCGACUGUUUAUCUUUUGUCUCCUGAUGUUUUGGGGUCAAUUCUUGUGUGCGUUUUGUAUUUCUUUUAUGUCUCACAAACUCGUCUGAAUUUCCUGGACCACAGACGUUUUGACGGCUCCCUGGAACGGAUCCAUCCUCCGCAUCGGGGCUGCGCUAUCAAAUUUUUAUCAGCCUCACCCAUCUGAGUAAACCUACUCUGAACUUGGAGGGUAACUUAGACACAUGUCCCCUCCGCUGGCCAACGGCUUAGCUUUCAGCAGGGUGGAAGGGCCAGGAGCUGUGCAGCUGGCUGUGGCACACAACUUAUUUGUGCUGACGGCGCGCCAAUCAAGAGGACGGCGCUUUUGUUGGUGGGUCAACCCAUUCUAGUCAAGUGGUCUGAGACCGGGCCCUUCUCCCGGCUUGUCAAUAAUUCAUCGGUCCAAGUUCAACAGGGAAGUUUUGCAGGAGAAGGUAAAAGGACAGAAGGAGAUUAACAGGGAGGAGCGACAAUCCCUGGGAGGAAUUACUGAAAAAACAGCUGGUAUAAAGUCCAGGGUGGGAUACAAAAAAAAAAGUCAAGAGGGUGAUAAUCCAAUUCUGAAACGGUUUGGGGCAGAAUUCUGGAGCUUAGCCCUCUUUUUUGAUCAGCUGGAAGCCUAAGAGGGCGCAAGGAAAAAGAGGGGAGGAAAAGCUUGUCAGACCAGAGCACAGGGAAGAGGGGGGCGAGGGGGAGAGCGGGCACGGCACGCCGUCUCUGGCAGCAGGACCACCAGCAGCAAACAUCGGGUCCAGGCUGUGGCCGGUUGUGGGCAGCAGAGAGGACGGAGGGAUGGUAAACACGGGCAUGCAGCUCAUCAGCUUCACCUGCGCCGUGACCGGAUGGAUUAUGGCCAUCGCCGUGACGGCGUUGCCCCAGUGGAAGGUGACCGCCUUCAUCGGCAGCAACAUCCUCACGUCGGAGAUCGUGUGGCAGGGCAUCUGGAUGAACUGCAUCUAUCAGACUACGGGCCACAUGCAGUGUAAAACUUACGAUUCCAUGUUGGCCCUCCCGCCGGACAUACAGGCCGCCCGGGCCCUGAUGUGCCUGGCCAUCUUCCUGGGCUGGCUCUCAUGCACCGUGUCCUGCUGUGGCAUGAAGUGCACCACCUGUGCCGCGGACGACCGCCAUGCCAAGGCCGGCAUAGCUCUCUCCGGCGGGGUGCUCUUCAUCCUCACGGGCCUGUGCGUGCUGGUGCCCGUCUCCUGGACCGCCAACACGGUGGUGCAGGACUUCUACAACCCGAACGUGCCCCUGGUGCACAAGCGGGAGCUGGGCCAGGCCAUCUACCUGGGCUGGGCGUCCGCGGUCAUCCUCAUGAUCAGCGGGGCGGUGCUGAGCAGCACCUGCCCCCACAUCGAGGGAGGCGGAGGCUACCGGCGCGGGUACAUAACCCGGAGUUUCACCACCACCAGGCCCACGGCGCCAGACCCACCAAAACCCAUCAGCAGCAACAGCUUGCCGCUCAAGGAGUAUGUCUAAUGAGAGGGAAUCUAGGUGACGGUGAGGGGCGUCAGCAAGGAUGGUUGAUAGUUGGAUUACAGUAUGUAGGGUUGAUGAGGGGGACGUAUAGCACUUUGUAACAUAAGCUUUGAAAGGUGGGAGUCAAGCAUUAAGGGCAUUUAAAGACCUACUGGAAUAAGUCAAUUCUGGUGGUCUGCUACCUCUAUUUUAUCUCCCUUUCAGUUUUGAAAUAAGCAUGAUGUAUAGAAAGGCAGUUUCUUUUUAAGUAUUUAUUUACAUGACUUCAGUUUGUCUUGGUGUUUGUUUUGUUUCAGCUGUGUAUUGCCAUCCGUUUUCAGUGUUUUUUUUUAAUACUGGCAUUACUUCGUUUCCUCGGUGUGCACCACUAUUGUGAAAAUAUGACAGCAUAAAAGCUAGAUCACAGUGACAUUUGUGUAUUUUUAGUACAUUUCAUUAAAACAUUUGUUAGCUUGCA